AUCCAUUUUCCCACUGUUUUACGCAUUACAGUCUCUGUGCUGUCUCUCUCUACUCCUCAUUGGUGACUCUUGCUUUCCCUGAUCGGAAACAAAACCCCAUUUCUCCCCACCAUAACCAACACUGUCCCCAAGCCCCAAUCCCAAACUGUAACAAAAAUGGCAAGGGAAAAGAUUCAGAUCAAGAAAAUCGAUAACGCCACGGCCAGGCAGGUCACUUUCUCCAAACGCCGAAGAGGGCUCUUCAAGAAAGCAGAGGAACUCUCCAUUCUUUGCGAUGCUGAUGUUGCUCUCGUCAUCUUCUCCUCCACUGGGAAGCUCUUUGACUAUGCUAGCUCAAGCAUGAAGGAGAUAUUAGAAAGGCGUAAUUUGCACUCAAAGAACCUAGGGAAGUUGGAGCAACCGUCUCUUGAGUUGCAGCUUGUAGAGGAUGUCAACCACUCCAGGUUGAGCAAGGAAAUAGGCGAGAAAAGUCACCUACUGAGGCAAAUGAGGGGGGAGGAACUCCAAGGAUUAAGUAUUGAAGAAUUACAGCGUCUAGAAAAGUCUCUUGAAGCUGGAUUAACCCGUGUCAUAGAGAGGAAGGGUGAAAGGAUAAUGGCAGAAAUCAAUGACCUUCAAACAAAGGGAAUCAAAUUGAUGGAAGAGAACGAACGGCUGAGACAGCAAGUUUCACAGUUAUCUAAUGGCCGGAAACAAGUUGCUGCUGAUUCGGAGAAUGUGAUCUACGAGGAAGGCCAGUCAUCAGAGUCUGUAACCAAUGUUUGCAUCUCCAAUGGCACUCCAGACGAGUAUGAUGAUAGUUCUGAUACGUCCUUGAAGUUGGGAUUACCGUAUGGAGGUUAAGAGGGAAGACUAAACAAUGGUCGUAGUUUCGGGAAUUUUGGCUCAUUAACGGAAUCCGAAGUUAACUCAUUGUGCGUCUAUAUAUGUACGAAGUUACAAGAACUCUUUACAAUAUGCGUACGCUUGACAAGCCCAUGAGAACUUUAUUAAGUCCACUAAUUAUGUUCAGCUUGUAUUUUCUCCCUUUUUCCGAUGCUUUGUGUUGCACAAACCAAUGUUCGCCUUGCUUGGGGCAGGCAUGGAUAUGGUCAUA